GCUGCCCGCGCUCUCGCCGUUACCGAGGCGCGCGGAGUGGACUGACAGGCGCGGAUUGGGCAGGCCCGCUCGCACCAGGAAGACACCGGCCAAUCGGCAGCGACAGCGUCUGGCGUGAUGGCCACACCCUAGAAGCUCAUUGGAGGGCUAGAAAGAGGCAGGCGAGCCGGAUUGGUGGUCUCGCGGGGGCCUUUGUGUGUCGGCUGGCGUCGGGGGACGCCGGUGGGCGAGCGCUGGGCCGCGGGCGCCGUCCCGCGUGGAGAGCUCGGCAGGCCCUACCCGCCGCUGAUGCCCCGUGGGCUGCCUGCUCCUUCGCCGGGCCUCUGCCGCGCGGCGCUCCUCCCCGCUGUCAGUCACGUUCUGAUAGACCCCUAAUCCCUCCCGGAGGGCCAGACUUUGUGACAAACAGGCCACCCCAGUGUUCCCCUUGCCGGGUCCCACCCGUUCAACCCUGUCGGACCAGCUCUGCCACACUGUGCGAAAGGCCUCCCUUGAAGGCCAAGAGGACCUCAGAUUCGAUCAGCUGCCCAACCUGAAGGGUCUCCUCACAAGCCGUCUCAUCUCAGCACCACGCACGUUGCCCGUCUUGGACUUGGUGUCUGGUUGGGUAGCUUCUCUUUCCUCAGGCUGCAGGACCACCGUGGUCCCCUCACCCAGCUGCCCGCCAGCACCCUGAGGACAGCUGUCACCUGUGCCUCGGAGCCCAGCCUGUACUACAGGGAGUCGGGCCAACUUCCUCAUUCCCUUGUCCCUACAUCUUGCGGGCGCCUGGAGCGCAGCGUGCCUAAGGCCAGAAAUCGGCCGCUGAGCUCUUCCCUUGUCCCUUCUGACUUCCCGCCUCUGCCCCUCGGGUGCUGGGCUUGGGCCAGCUUCAGCUCUGCUUUCCCACCUCCAGACCCCACAUCCGGGCAGUGAUGUGGAGGGAGUGGAGACCCUUUGUUAUGUUUCAGAUUUAAAGUGUCCCCAGAAGUCUCCUGGAUACAGAGGUGAUUGUGAUAUAGGGAAAAGAAACUCCCAACCUGAAAGA